AUUGUCACAGGUGGUCUAACAGGGUUGGGAUUUGAGACAGUAAAGUUCAUUGCUCAAAAAGGAGGAGGGAACAUUGUCAUUCUGUCUAGGAGUAAUCCAAACCCUCAGAUGCAACAAGAGAUAUGUCAGGUCAGUAGCCGCUGGGGUUCUACCAUUAAGUCUCUGCCAUGUGAUGUUUCUGUAUCUGAGCAAGUGGACCAGACAAUUGUUAAUAUUGGAAAACUUUUUCCAUCGAGUCCCAUCAAAGGGGUAUUUCACAGUGCAGUUGUCCUGCAUGAUGGGCUGAUUGAACAUCUUGACAAAUCUCUUUAUGAGAAAGUUAUGAGGCCAAAAGUAAAUGGAGUGAUUAACCUUCACCGUGCUACCAUACAAUGCAAUAUGGAUUACUUUGUGUGCUAUUCCUCCAUCUCUGCCUUCAUUGGCAAUGCCUCACAAACUAAUUAUGCUGCGGCUAAUACAUUCAUGGACACUUUCUGUCAGUACCGCAGAAACAUUGGGCUUUGUGGACAGUCCAUUAAUUGGGGGGCUUUGAAUCUUGGUCUUCUGUUGAAUAAAGUCAAUUUUCAAAGAUUUCUGGAGGCAAAGGGAAUCAUGCUUUUGGAGAUUCCAGAAAUCCAUGAAAGUCUUGAGCAGUGCCUCUUGAUCAACAAACCUCAACAGGUCAUAUGCAAAUUCAGUUUUAAAAACAACUGGAAUAACAUAUUCAGUCAGAACAAGUCAUUAAAGAUGCGGUUGUUUAAAAUUGGAGAGGAAGCCAUGAAUAAAACUGGAGCAAACAUGUCUAGACCUGAGCAACCCAUGACAUCAUCCUCACCACAUGAUUAUGUGAGGUUCUUGAUUAGUGAAACAACUGGUGUUGAGGUGGAUGAGCUGAAUGAUGAUGUUCACCUUUUCGAUUUAGGCAUUGACUCAAUGUUAGCCAUGACUCUGCAGAAUCUUAUCUUCAGUGAUAGAGGUGUGAAUGUCCCUCUAGUGACUCUGCUGGACCCAAACAACACACUGUCAACGCUCAUCAAAAUGCUGGAGGAGAACCGUGUAGACGAAUAUCAGAGUGAAGAUGAGAGCAACUCCACAUACCUGUAA